AUGGCUUGUACUGCAAGGUCCGACGCGUUGCUUCAACAGAAAGCGAAAAAGAAACUAUUAAGUUCACAAACGCCUUUGGAGAAGCUUACUCAUGCGUGCUUAGCAAGGGGUGCAAACGGAAUAGUCGGAUUUGGAAGGCAAUUCCGAAUCAUGGACGAUGACGGAAACAAGCAAAUUGACUAUAGGGAAUUUGUCAAAGGUUGCAGGGACUUUGGAGCGGACCUAACAGCGGAUGAAGUCCGAGAAAUAUUUCAGACCAUUGAUAAAAAUAACAGCGGAUCCAUCGACUUUGAAGAAUUUCUGAGAGCUGUUAGAGUUGAAGACCUGAAGGGUGUGUAUAAUUGUAGAAGUCACCCCAAAUUUAUCAACGGCGAGAAGACAGAGGAAGAGUUAUUUUAUGAAUUCUUGAAAACCUUCCAACCAGAAAAUGAUUGGGAUGAAAAGGUAACCAUCGAGGAAUUCCUCAACUACUACAGUGGAGUGAGCGCAUCCAUAGACAAUGAUGCCUACUUCGACCUCAUGAUGCGCAAUGCAUUCAAGCUUGCAUCGUUUUCUUCAUUCACAUUUCAGGUUACCCGAGACGAAUUUCUCAGUUAUUAUUCCGGUUUAAGCGCAUCCAUUGACAAUGACGCGUAUUUUGACCUUAUCAUGCGAAGUGCUUACAAGUUAUGA